GCUGGUAGGCAGGCAGGGGGCUGGAUGUGGACUGUAGGAGACUCCAGGGGGCAGUAGUAGGGUAUGUGUGUGUUUGUGUUUGUGAGUGUGGUUGAGGCUCGUCGAGCAGCAGGGGAACUUGAAAACUUCACUGCAUUUAGCGAGGAAGAUCUCAUACCGGAGAUUUUAACGAUUGGUCUCUGACUCGGCUGCUUUACCAUCCAGCUGUGAUCGACGGAGGAGGACCGGUUCUCCCGAUUCUCAGCAUUGGAACGAUUUCCGGCCAACAUGGAUGAUUUAGAUGCUUUGUUGGCGGACCUUGAGUCCACAACAUCCCACAUUUCCAAGCGCCCACUCUUCCUAUCUGACGACACCGCCUACUCCAUCCCUGUUGGGGGUCAGAUCCAGCAAGACAUCUGCUCCCCACCCCUAGUCCCACCAGCUCCCUCUGAGCUCAACGGACUAGAUGAAACAGAGUCCUUCAGCUCAGCUCAGAGAAGUCCCUGGUCUAGAGAAAGCGAUAGUCCAACCCAACCCGCUGGUGAAGAGGACCACGUUUACAGUUUUCCUAAUAAGCAGAAGAAUAGUGACUCAUCAGCCAUGAACUCAUCCUUGGGCAGCAACCUGUCUGAGCUGGACCGCCUGCUGUUGGAGCUCAAUGCUGUCCAGCAAAGCACCCCUGCCUUCCCCACAGAAGAAGAAACAGCCCCCCCACUGCCUGCCAGCAGCGUCAUCCACCAUAUCCAGGAGAAUGGAGUCUCUAAUGCAGGCAAGGUGCCUCCACCUGUACUGGAGAAGCCUAAACGUGGUGCAGCAGCUCGAGGAAUAGAGGAUGUACGGCCAAGUGUAGAGAGCCUUCUGGAUGAGCUGGAAAGUUCUGUGCCCUCACCCAUUCCCACACCUUUGGUUGUAUCAGACGAACAAACAGAUGGACAAGAGGAAACACCUGAAAAGCAGCAAGCCAGGAUGUCUGCCUCUUCCGCCACGCGAGAGCUGGACGAGCUAAUGGCCUCGCUGUCUGACUUCAAGGUCCAAAGCAAUAUCCAGUCACAGGGGAAGACUUCUCCCACGGGUCCCCCCAAACCUGCCAACAAGCUGGACAACAUGCUGGGGAGCCUUCAGUCAGAUCUCAACAGACUUGGAGUCCAAACAGUGGCUAAAGGUGUCUGUGGCGCCUGCAAGAAACCCAUCGUUGGUCAGGUGGUGACAGCCAUGGGCAGAACGUGGCACCCCGAGCACUUUGUGUGCACCCACUGCCAGGAUGAGAUCGGCUCCAGAAACUUCUUUGAGCGUGAGGGGCAGCCUUACUGUGAGAAAGAUUACCACAGCCUGUUCUCCCCGAGAUGCCACUACUGUAAUGGACCUAUACUGGAUAAAGUAGUGACUGCAUUGGACAAGACCUGGCACCCAGAGCACUUCUUCUGCGCCCAGUGUGGAGCCUUUUUCGGACCAGAAGGUUUCCAUGAGAAGGAUGGAAAGGCGUUUUGCAGAAAGGACUACUUCGACAUGUUUGCCCCUAAAUGUGGCGGCUGUGCUCGAGCCAUCCUGGAGAACUACAUCUCUGCUCUUAAUUCACUCUGGCACCCAGAAUGCUUUGUCUGCAGGGAGUGCUUCACGCCGUUCAUAAACGGCAGCUUCUUCGACCACGAUGGACAGCCGUACUGCGAGGCGCACUACCACGAGCGGCGUGGCUCACUGUGUUCUGGCUGCCAGAAGCCCAUCACCGGCCGCUGCAUCACAGCCAUGGGCAAGAAGUUCCACCCGGAGCACUUUGUGUGCGCUUUCUGCCUCAAGCAGCUCAACAAAGGCACCUUCAAAGAGCAAAACGACAAGCCCUACUGCCAGGGCUGCUUUAUCAAACUCUUCAGCUAGAACCUGUGUGUAAACAUGUGUGUGCUCAAGUCGUCACAUUUAUUUACAUGACUAAGUGCACGUGUGGGUGUUUGUGCACUCAAAUGUCUAGAAUGUUUGAGUAAGUGAUUAUUGAGACUGAGGGUGUGGAUAAUAUCAUAAAGGGGGAUAACUGAGUCUCACUUUUCACCUUUGCCACUGAAGGGACUCUCCUGUCUGUCUAACCUCUCAGGCUCAGCAUUCACACUUUUGCUAAAGACAUUUUUAACAGAGCCCAAAGAGAUUUUUAUUUCACAUUUAAUUCCUGUUUGCAACAAAGAUAAUAAGUCAGUUCGUCCUUGUAUGUGUGUGUAUUAACCAGCAUACACAGAACAGAGGAAGACCUUAUUUGUACGUGAUUUUAUUCCCCCAUUGCAGGGCAAGACCUUGCACCAUAUGGUGGUUUUAUGCAUGGACCACGGAGGGUCGACUUAAGCGGUUUUAAAAUGCAUUGAGUGUUAAAUAUCUUAGUCUCGGCCAACGAGUGGAAUAGUAUGUGUAAAAGAUGUAUUUUUCUAGAAACUAUUGAGGUGCCAUUUACAACAAACAUUGAAAUACUCCAUCUCUACAUGCACACAGACAUUAACUGAACCUCUUCGUCUUCAUAUCUAUAAUAUAGCAGCUCACUCUUUGCACACUCCAAACCACAGGUCUCUUGAUGAGACCGUCUUAAGGUGCAUUUUACAGGUGUCAACGAAAUUAUUUUUCUACUGUUUUACAAUGAAAAUCAUCAAUUUCAGCCUAUAUGACAUUCACAUGUGUGCUCAAGAAAAUCCAUUAUCCAACAGUGGAAGUGAAAUCCAACUUAAAUAACUACAUGAAACUUUUGCACGACCACAACUUGUAACAACUUGUUUUACCUACAGAACAUGUGUGUAGUCACCUCUAUCAGUAAUGCUAAAAUCAAACUGAAUGGUUUCAGGUCAGACUGAAAAAGUAGGUCAAUAAGAUGAACAAACAGUAUGUAUAAUGGUUAGUAAUAUUAAAAAUAUGGUCCAAUCAAAACAUGCCAAAAUUAGUUUAAUUUUCUUCGCUUCAUAAUAAAAGUUGAGAAACAGAAUAUGAUGCUUCGGUUCAAUAUUUUUGUCCAUGUUUAACUAUUACAACUGUUGUGAAAUGGUCACUGUAUUAAAUCUGUCAAUAUGGCUGGUUCAAGGUUUAAAUUGUGCUAGUGCAUUUGGAUUUAAAGCAUGCUUUCUUUUCUGUAAGGUUUUUUCAGCACUCGCUGCCAGUCGCUGUUACAAUCAGAAUCUAACAUUUAUAUAUAGUUAAAAUGCUUGACUCUGUGACAGAACUGUGUUUUGUCUGUUUCUAAGAAAAUAUAUAUUUUUGAGCUGUGGCUCACACUGAUAUGCAAAGAGCUGGCUCUAUUGGCAUUUAGGCCAUCAAUAGUUCAAUCUGUUGACUCACAAAAACACGUACCAGCGUUGCUUCCUGGGUCAGACUUUAAAGGAAAUGCAGCCCAUAUGAUUUGAUCAUGAGUCUGGACUUGGAUCCUGCUGUCUUACUGAUCAAAGCUGGGUGUUACUGACAGCUGGUUAGGAAUCAGAAUAAAAUGCUGAGCCAGGGCCAGGCUUCUAGCUAAAUCUAUGAAUUAACUCAUUUCAUCUGUAUUUUACUUGCAACCUUAUUUUAACUCGAGACAAUGUGAUUAUUCUAAGCAUAUUUUUUCUCUUUAAUUUUGAUCACUUAGUGUGCAAUGAGUGAAUACACAGUAUCCAAAUUCAGAUUGUUUUUACUUUGUGAAGAUGUUUGCUCUUGUGCCAAAUGUGUCAAUGCAAUAAGGUCUUAUACACUGUGGAGUUGUAAACCUUUCCUGUGAUUUGACUCUUUAUGUGCUGAACUCUGGGAGAGGCUUGUUCUGCUGUGGUUUCACCCAAAGGUUUACACUGUAAUGAGACGAGCCAAGACUAAAAAAAGUUGUCUAUACUGAGUCACUCAGCAGACAGUUAAGUGUUCACUUGUAGCAGAUUUACAGAAAGUAGCAGGGGAAAAAUUAACAAAAUUUUGGAGUUGAUUUUACCCCGUGUAUUUUUAUCUGCUUUUCGCCUUAUAGAUUUAACUUCUGUAAGAUAAAUCAUGAAAAUAAAUGAAAGCCUUUUCUUUUUGUGAGGAAGAGUGAACUUUGCAAGUGGAGACAUGUAUGUGAUCUUAAACCUUUCGAAUUUUCUCAUGACUUUUUUUUUGUUGAGUUGGAAGCCCGUGUGGGUCCUGAUUUCUGAUGAUUAUAACUGCUGCAAAUAAAAUAAGAACUUUA